AUGUCGAGCUCCAAUGCGCCCCGACGGCGCUUUGCUCCUGUGCCCAUCGAAACCACCUUCCAAUCUGUGCGGAAGUCGAAGCAGCCCGAGACCAUCCACAUCGGUCCCAGCGCUGAGUUGACCCCAGAAGCCUCCCCGCGCUCUCCUCACUCGCCCUUCUCGCCCGAAUUUGACCGCGAGACACACCCGCAUCGCCGUUUUGCUCCGCAGCUCAUUGAGACAUCGAGACGAACUCGCCGCCUGGGCGACGCAGGCCCUGCUACGAAACCAACCGAUAAGACUGACAUCACACCUUACACAAAGAACAUAUACACUACCAAGUCGCGGGCUAGACGAAGACUUGAUUCUACCUUCGAGGAUGACCACGAACAUGUCGAGCCGCCAACGCGGCGUGAAUCCGAGGAUGAGAACGUCAAGGCCUACUUGCUAGAGCUGGCCGCGAAAGAGGUGGAGAGACAGAUCCAAGAGGCCGCCCUCGCCGCUUUCCCCAACAGUCAUGCUCGCGAGGGUGGCAUCGCCCAUUUCUACUUUGCUGAGGGUUCUGAAAGUGACGGCGCCUCGGGGAACGAGUCCCCAACGACAGAGGAGCCCAAACCAGUCAGAGUUCGGCGCAAGUCGUCAGACCUGGGAUUGAGUUGGUGGCAUAAGCACAUGCAAGAGCAUGCCCAGCAUCUGGCCCAUGAGCGUGAGGCUACCCAGGAUGAAGUUAUCUUCAAGGACGAUGGGGACACCACCAUGUUAUCCGACGUUGAUUUGGACAACAUGGACCUAUCCCUUCCACCUGAUCCCCUCUGGACUACCUCUGGCAAAGUCUCUCCCGUCGAUCGCCAAGACUCAAUGAAGGAGGAUCUCAUCCCCCCUUCUCAUGUUCCUGUCAAGAAGCCUACCGAGAACGAGCAGAUGGUAGAUGCCCCCCGCCCAAUGCCCAAGAUCCCAGCACCUACACCUUUCGCUGCAGCCCCAAAGAUCCCCGCUCAGACAGGUUUCCGCGGAUUUGGUCGACCCCUGCCCAAUUACGGGUUGAGAUCAGACUCUCCCCAGGCUAAGAAGCUGCGAAAGCUGGUCUCCCCACCCAUGCUUGGCAAAGACCUGGUGUUUCGCCAAUGCCCAUCACCCAAAUUUACCAAACUGGAGCCCACUCACCCCUUCGACGAUGAUUUGGAUGCCCAUCGAGAUAUGACCGGGCAAGGCGGUCUCUGGCAUGGCUUCUGUUUCCACAAUGAGCCUACCGAGGAACAUCAUGGACUCUGGUCCCCACCACCUGGCAAUGGGCUGCUCAUCACACCCCAUUCUCCGGGUACACCGGCUGACGACUCUGAUUCGCAUAUAAUCAGUGAGGAGCCAAGCUCUGUAUUUUCUUCCAGUGCUUCGACCGAGAGCUCUGCCACGUCUGUGCACCGCCAGCGGAGUGGAGAAGCCAAGGGCCUUCAUAUGCUCCACGGGCUCAACGAACGCCUCCAGCGGGAAAAGGCCGAGGCAGAGAGGAAUGAGAAGAUUGCGCAAGAGUUCACCGAUGAAUUCAUUACGCAGGUCUACAACUAUCUGUCCUUGGGCUACCCCGCUCUCGCGGCCGCAUACGAUGAGGAACUUGCCAAGAUAAGCCACAUUAGCAUCUUUGAUUUAAGAAAGAAUGAUUCUAAGCACUUGGCCAAGGGUCAUAUGGUUGAGAUGACUCUCGAGGAUACUCCAGAUGAGGAUAGAUGCCCCAGAUGGCGAGCGCUCAAAACUUACAUCUAUGAAUGGGCACGACAGCACCCCAACCUCAACGCUAUGGACCCUCCUGCCUGGGGCGUAAGAGAGAGACGUGGCAGUUGGGCAAUCUAG